CACUAAAUAGGUCGAAGAUUUAUUAUCGUCUAUGACGAGUUUUUCAGCUUAUUGCUUGUAGAAAUGAACACAAUUGGUAUUGGAAGGGUUAAUAGAAGAUGUGCCUAUGAAACAAUGGACAUUUGCUAUGUAUUGUUCAUAGUUCUGUCAAACCACUUUGCAAUAACACUCAUAGUGCAAAUAAAUUUGUCUGAUAAACUAUACACACAUUACUCAAUCUCGUAAUGACCCCAACGCGAGGGAAAAAGCGCCUGGCAGCGUCCAGUUACGAGCAACGGCGUCGCCGUUUGCGCCAUUUGGCCAGCUAUGCCUCGUCGAUGGGCAGCCCCACAACGCUCCCCAUCCAACCGGUACUCGUUUGCGCGCCUCCACAGGAACAAUGGCGCGACGACAACAACAAUGCACCCAACAUCAAUCCCAGGAGGAGACCGUACCUUGCGGGGGCCUUCAUAUACAAAAGUGGCCCGGAGGACGAUCUGCGGCUGCACGUGUUCGACCAGCACGAAGUGAAGGUACGUCAUGAGGAGCUGGAAACAAUCGAAAGGAUCACUGCUGAUUUCGCCUCCGCAACGGCGGGAAAACCAAAUUACGUGACUGGCGUGUACUUGGCACAGAGGCAGGUCCCCAUCAACUGCACCGAUGAGUGCCGUUUCGAGCUGGAACGGAAAGCGUACUGGAGAUUGAAUCAAACUUAUCGGGCGAACUUGAACUUUCGGAGGCAAUACGUCGAAGCCGUGAGGUACGAGUGGGAUCCCGAAGUGGGAGGUUCGUACUCGUACAAAACUACGGCAAGUUGGAACGUGUCGGGGAAUUGAUGUGGCAUUCGAAUAAAUUGUUUGGGUACGUUCUAGAAUAUCCCUUGUUGAACUCCUACAAGAAGAACUCCCAAACUACUGAAGAAGCCUUAGAGGAUUCCCUUGAUAAAUUUCUAAGAAAAUUGAAAAUAAUGUAAAACAAAUCAAGCGAUGCUCUGAUUAAUAUCCUACAGGAUAUUCUGAAGUAAUCCCUUAAACAAAAUCGGACGGAAUUCCUGAAGAAAUUUGUGUGAGAA